AUGACAGAGAUUGGCGAGAACGCGCUCAACGGAAUCGAAGAAUACAUCGAAGGUCCUCACACUUUCACCGUGACAGUUCAGGAGAAGGUUCGGGCGGACGGAAUGAUGGUUCAAAUCAAGCGAGCCGGUAAAUCAUUCCCUGAAAAGCCAGCGAAGCGUACUGGGCAAGCAGGUUGGAGCGUGAAGAAAGGCGACGAGGUCUUGGUCUACAGAGCCAACACCAGAUUCGAAUAA